AUGCCAAAUUUUAAAAACCCUAAAAAAAAAAGUGAACAGGAAAUUAUUGUAGCUUUCGGCCAAUCUAAGGCAAAGUUCCAAGUGGAACCGAACACUGGGGUGACAUUUGAUGAUGUUGCUGGAGUGGAUGAAGCGAAGCAGGAUUUCAUGGAGGUAGUGGAGUUUCUCAAGAAGCCUGAGAGAUUCACUGCAGUAGGGGCUCGCAUUCCGAAAGGUGUUCUUCUUGUUGGACCUCCAGGUACUGGGAAGACUCUUCUGGCCAAGGCAAUUGCUGGUGAACCGGGUGUUCCGUUUUUCUCCAUUUCAGGUUCGGAGUUUGUUGAGAUGUUUGUUGGUGUUGGUGCCUCUCGAGUCCGGGAUCUCUUCAAGAAGGCCAAAGAGAAUGCUCCUUGCAUUGUGUUUGUGGAUGAAAUUGAUGCCGUGGGAAGGCAAAGAGGAACAGGAAUUGGCGGAGGAAAUGAUGAAAGAGAGCAGACCCUUAACCAGCUUCUGACAGAAAUGGAUGGUUUUGAGGGUAAUACUGGCAUCAUUGUCGUUGCAGCAACUAACAGGGCAGACAUUCUUGACUCUGCCUUGUUGAGGCCUGGACGGUUUGAUAGACAGGUGACUGUUGAUGUCCCGGAUGUACGGGGAAGAACAGAGAUACUGAAAGUUCAUGCUAGCAACAAGAAAUUUGAUGCUGAUGUGUCUCUUGGUGUGGUAGCCAUGAGAACACCUGGUUUCAGCGGGGCUGAUCUUGCAAACCUCUUGAAUGAGGCAGCUAUCCUAGCUGGGCGGCGUGGAAAGACAGCAAUUACAUCUAAAGAGAUUGAUGACUCAAUUGAUAGGAUUGUUGCUGGAAUGAAAGCAACCGUUAUGACAGAUGGAAAGAGUAAAAGUCUUGUUGCAUACCAUGAAGUUGGCCAUGCCAUUUGCGGAACUUUGACUACAGGGCAUGAUCCAGUUCAGAAAGUCACCCUCGUUCCGCGAGGCCAGGCACGGGGUCUCACCUUUUUUAUUCCUGCAGAUGAUCCCACAUUGAUCUCCAAGCAGCAACUUUUUGCAAGAAUAGUUGGUGGCUUAGGUGGCAGAGCUGCUGAAGAAGUGAUCUUUGGUGAGUCCGAGGUGACUCCUGGGGCAGCUGGUGAUUUGCAGCAGAUCACCGGUUUGGCUAAACAGAUGGUAACCACGUUUGGAAUGUCUGAAAUUGGCCCAUGGUCACUCAUGGACGCAUCAGCUCAAAGUGCUGACGUCAUCACGAGAAUGAUGGCAAGGAACUCAAUGUCAGAAAAGCUAGCGGUAGACAUUGAUUCUGCCGUGAAGAGGAUAUCAGACAGUGCAUAUGAAAUUGCAUUGAGCCACAUAAGGUACAACCGUGAGGCCAUUGAUAAGAUUGUGGAAGUCCUCCUCGAGAAGGAAACUAUGACUGGUGAUGAGUUCCGAGCAAUCCUCUCUGAAUUUGUUGAGAUUCCAGCUGAAAAUCAGGUCCCUUCCUCAGUAUCCUCCCCAGUGGCUGUGUAAUUAUUGCAUGCUAUUACUCCCCAUAUGUUCACUGCAACUUUGACGAUACAUCUUAAAGCUGGUUAAAUGUAUAAUUUGCAUCUUCGAUUCUGUGGAAGAAGGAAUAAAAACUACUUCGAAACCCAGUAAUGACCAUCCUGCUGUGACUUCAGCGGCAAAUUCAGCAACUUCGUCACUCCAUAGAAAAUGCAGUGAAGUCCUUGAUAAGCAUUUGGUAUCAGUUACGGUCUCAUACUCUGGAAACACAUGAAUUGUCACCUUGACGUGCAUGGAAGUUGUAAUCUGUUUAAAAAACCGAAAGUGUGUGUGUCUAUAUACAUGGAAAUUUCUUAUCCAGGUGCAA